UCUUAAUAAUUCAUGUGCCAACAAGGUUUCCUUAUCUAUGCAUGCUUUUGGAUUCGAUUGUGUGAUUUUUUCAACAGUGUUUUGAAUCACACUCUGUGAUCCAUCAUCACAAUGAUAGUAGAAAGCAGAAGGAGAAAAAUGAAUGCUAGCCUAAUGACUAUCUUUCUACUUGUAGCAUUGCAAACGUUGUUCUUUUUUCAACCUUCCUAUUGCCUUUCAGAUUCGCAUGUAGAUAACCAGUCAAAGAAUGUACAAAAGUAUGUGGCUGAAGAUAUUGAUGAGCUACAUUAUAACUCUGUUUUAAUUGUUUCCCAAAAGAAACAUGAAGGGUAUUUCAACAAGAUACAAGAUGCAAUCAAUGCCAUCCCCAAUAACAACAUAGAUCUUGUGCUCAUUCGUGUCAUGCCGGGCAUCUACAGGGAACAAGUGAUCAUUCCUGUGGACAAGCCUUACAUAAUACUCAGUGGCUAUAAUGCCAACAACACUGUCAUAACUUGGAAUGACAAUGCUGAAGCAUCAGGCACAUAUUCGUGUGCAACUCUGACAAUUUUUGCUUCAGAUUUUGUUGCGAGAUAUAUUACAAUUGAGAAUUCAUAUGAGGAGCCAAACGGUAAUCCUAUUGCAGCUGUUGCUAUUAGAGUUUCAGGGGACAGAUCAGCAUUUUAUAAUUGCAGGUUUUUAGGUUAUCAAGACACUGUGCUCGAUGAUAGUGGAAGACAUUACUUCAAAAAUUGUUUCAUUCAAGGUGGUGUAGAUUUUAUAUGCGGCAAUGGGCAAUCUCUUUAUGAGAAAUGUCAUCUACAUACAAUUCCUCGCCAAAAUGGAGCCAUUGCUGCACAGAGAAGGAAUGCCAGUGGAGAAGCAACAGGGUUUGUUUUCUUAAACUGUAAGGUCACAGGAGGUGGAUUAAUGUAUUUGGGUAGAGCAUGGGGAUAUUACUCCAGAGUUAUAUUUGCCUUCACCUACAUGGAUGAUAUUAUAUUCCCUGAAGGAUGGAAUGAUUGGAAUGAUCCUACGAGACAAAAGCUUGUGAUAUUUGGACAAUAUAAAUGUUUUGGACCAGGCUCAAACAUUGAAAAGAGAGUUUCAUGGGCAUAUAAUGAGCUGAGUGAUGAUGAAGCUGCACCUUUUAUCACAAUUAGUUUUGUUAAUGGGGAGCGGUGGAUCCACAGAACACCAAUACCUCCUGCCUUAAAAAAAGAAAAAAACCAUUUUUGAUUCCAAAAAUGAUUAAAUAUAGUUGCAAUGCCAUCCACAUUUUUAUAUAGAAUAUAUAUUUUUUGGUUU